AUGAGUAAUAGAACUGAGCUCUUCAAAAAGUACAUGCAAGUGAUUGCAGAGACUCAGGGAAUUGAUGAUGCUAGGAACGAAUUGAAUAAUACGAAAGCGAGAGAGGAUAGAGAAAAGGUGAAGGAAAAGUUUAGUGUAAAGGAUACUUUUGUAAAAGAAAGUAAGCAGUUGAUGAAACAUAUUAUGGAAUUCCAGAUAGUGAUAAGGCAAUUGACUCCCAGGUACGAAAGUGCUACUGACAUGACUGAUCAGGAGAAAGAUGAUUUUGAUACAGAGAGCAAACUUCAAUUACAGCAAUAUUUCGAGAAAUAUAAGCAAUUGGAAUCGUAUGAAAGACAGAGACAAGAAAUGAUGAAAGAAAAGUUAGAGAAAUGGUCCGCAACCGUACCAUUUUUCUCUAGAUCAAUUGACGAUGUAUCCAGUUUCCACAAGGUGAAUAAUCAAUUUCGUAUGGGUAUAUUACAGUCAUUGAAUAUGUGGCUCAUGAAGAUUUCAGAUAGGUUGUCAACCAUUCAGCAGACACGAUUAUCCAGACAAAGACAUAUCGAAGCCAUUGAUUUCAAUGCUCAAUUACACUUACCUGAAGAAAUUUCUGUAUCACAGUCUCCUAUGAUAACGACAACUGUUGAAGAAAUCAAACAGUACGAGGAAACGAUGUCCAAACUCUCUUCAGAACAAUUACAAAUCUUGGCCACAGAGCAUGAAGAACUUCUUAAUUUGAAGAACGAAGAAUUACAAAAAGCAGAGGCACUACGGAGAACCGCAGUAGAUAUUGCAUCGCUACAGAGUGAAUUGGCUACACAUUUGCAGGUUCAAACACAAAAUAUUAAUACAUUGCUCGAUAAUCAGACUGACGUGGAGAUGGAAAUGGAAAAAGGUAACAGACAGUUGAAACAGGCCAACAGGAAAGGAGAUAGGCUCGCUAACAUGGUCAUGUGGUUUGCUAUAAUUUGUGGACUGCUAUUGUUAUUCUUCGAUUACAUAAAUUAA